AUGGAGGAAGAGCGCGAGUCUAGCAUCUCACUCACUCCGGAGACGCGCAACAACGUCGAGGCAUGUCACUAUUACCUUCAACAGAUGUACCGCCGCCUGCAGCCACGACUUAUUCAAGUGUUUGGCACAAGUGUCUCCAUUGUUAACGAACAUCUCAACGAGCUCAGAAAACUUCCAGCAGGUGCCCAACAGUCUGACUUGUGUAUCCUAUGCUCUAAUCACAAGUGUGAGCUCAUUGAAACAGGUGGUGACUGGAUACAAUGUGAUCUUUGUAAGGAGUGGCUCCAUCAACAGUGUGAUGGUAUCUACAACGCAUUGCUAGCUGAAAAGAUUCACUACACUUGCCCACGGUGUAGGGUAAUCUUUUGUAGGCCACAUCCAGGUAUUCAGUAUCCACAACUCCUACAUGACCCUGCAGCACUACAGGUAACAGAAGUAGUGCUUGACAACAAAAGGAAGUUAUCUCGAGACAAGAAGAUGAUAGCUGGUAAGAAGUCGUCCUCUCGACGCCGGACAAAAGGCGAAGACAGCGAAUCAUCGGCCGAGAACGUUAAGGCCAGCACCAUAGACGUUCCUCCUGUUGAGGAGAUACAUGUAGCCAGAAAAACAGACACGUUUGUAUUUCAGAUACCUGUCGCCGAGUAUUAUCCUCGUACGCAGCGAGACGGUCAGACCGGUGGGCGGCGCUCAAAACAAGGAAAAGAGACCAGCAUGACGCCACAGGUAAUAGAUAGCUAUGUCAAUGCUGCAUUCAACUCCUUGAGGAUAGGCAACUCUACCCCAUACACUACUGUGCAGGAUUUGUAUCUUGCUGCGCAAGUAGCCGAUCCGGAUCUACCCUCCCUCCCCCUCGGUAAGCUCAAGAAUACUCUCAUAAGUGACACUGUGCAUCCUGGCAACUUUGCGUCCCUUUUUCUAAACUGCUUCUAUGAACUCACAAAGUCGGGACGUGCCGUUGUCCAGAGCCCAGACAGUACAAGGAGCGAAAACUCCAGACGGGAGGAACUGAUCACCGGUCUUCUCGAGACCCUCCUCCCUGCAAAUCAGAUCUUUUACACGACCCUCUUCCCCAUCCUCCCCAUGGACCACGACCUACGCAUUAAUGUAGCCAUUUCCAUCUUCGACAACUUACUACUAAGCCUAGAGCGGCAGAGGUUUCGUUAUCUUCGGAUGCUUAUUCCAGUUGCGUUAAAUUGUCUUCUUGUGUUCUACAAGACCACACUGCUUCCCGGUGAGGGUGAGCCAAAGUGGUCUUUUCCUGCAGACACAGAUGCCAUCAUUGAAAGGGUUGUCGAAAGAUUACAGCAGUGUGACCUGACAGACGUUGAGCUGUCGUUAUCAAGCUACCUACCCUGGGAGAAACUGCUGUGUGAGCCGAAUGAAAUUGACAUAAAUAGUAAUGAGGUACCAGAUUUGCUGACCAAGCGUCAAUGGUACGACUUGAAAAUGAGGGGAGUAUUGCCAUUCAAGAACGUGGGAAUUGUUCGUGCAGCUCUCCUGCAUGCGAUAGUCAACGCAAACUUAGGGAUAAUAGUUCUCGAUAAGGCAUUUGGACGUGAAGUGACGGAUCACCUUAUCCGUUUCGGCGUGAGCAGUGGCAGGGCUAUGAUUGUGUCUUACGCAUCCAACUCUUCUUUUGAUGCCAUGCUGGAGACUGGCUGCGUAUAUGAAACCACAAGCUUUCGGCCUGCAAGCAAUCUGGCCACCAUUCAGGACGCACUCAAGGAUGACGAGAGCAUCAUGGACUGGGAUGUUCUAGAAACCCCAACGUCUGUAGUCUGGGCUCUCUCUUUUAUUGGAGACGAGCUUCAAAGGUUAGAGGACGCCAAGGUAAUUGAGCCAUCAACCUUUGUCUGA